AUGGCGCUUCUUGUGCUCGCUUCGGCUCCGUCCAACCCCGCCGGCUUCGUUGUGCUCGCUUCGGCUCCGUCCAACCCCGCCGGCUUCGGACAGUCCGCUCCGUCGGCUCCCAAAAGGCCUCUUUUUAUCGGGGCUGCCAAACGGCCAAGCGCACGUUUGGUGUCCGCUCCAGCUCCGCUCCGGCUCCGGCUCGUUGUCGGCACGUCCUCUCUGCCUCCGGCUCUUAGGCUCGGCGGCGCAGCAGCGGCAGCCAGGACAAACACGGAACAAUUAGGAGACGAGCUCAAGGUGUUGGGAACAUGGCGGAGCCCAUUCGCUCUACGGGUGAGGCUAGCGCUCAACUUCAAGGGCCUACCAUAUGAGUACUUUGAGGAGGACCUUGACAACAAGAGCGACCUUCUCCUCAAGUCCAACCCGUUCAUUAAGAAGUUGCCCGUUCUCAUCCACAACAACAUCCUGAUAUGCGAGUCACUCGUGAUCUUGGAGUACAUUGAGGAGAAGUUUAGUGAUGUGGGUCCAGCCCUCCUCCCCGUUGACCCCUACGAACGUGCCAUGGCACGGUUCUGGGCCAGGUACAUUGAAGAUAAGCUAGUCGCCCCAUGGUUGAAGAUGUUUAGGGCCAACACAAACGAGGAGAAAGCUGAAUGGAUGAGAGAGACGGUGGAGGCAGUGAAGACGCUGGAGGGGGCGCUCUCCAGAAAAUUAGCGCCCUUCUUCGGUGGUGAUGAUGUCGGGUACGUCGAUGUCGUGCUCUCCGGCAUGAUCGCGUGGAUGCAAGGAACUAAGGCACUUUGUGGUGUCGAACUCCUGGACACAACAAAGACCCCACUCCUAGUGGAAUGGAUGGAGCGCUUCGCUGGGUUGGAAGGUGCUAAGGAGGUUAUGCCGGAUGUGGACAAGUUGGUUGAGUUUGCCAAGAUAAAGCGUGCCAAAAUGAUGGCACUCGAUAAUAAUUAA